GGCGGGCGGCGGGGACGGGCGCACCGUGACACCGCGCGGCCGCUUCGCGCCGGGCCCCAAGAUGGAGGCGGCGGCGGGCCGGGCGGGGCAGGAGAUCAGUCUGGCGGCCCUGCAGCGCCACGACCCCUAUAUUACCAGCAUCGCCGACGUGACCGGCCAGGUAGCGCUCUACAGCUUCAGCCCCAAGGCCAAUGAGUGGGAGAAAACUGAUAUAGAAGGUACCUUAUUUGUGUACAAAAGGUCGGCUUCUCCUUAUCAUGGUUUUACAAUAGUGAAUCGACUGAACAUGCACAACCUGGUUGAACCAGUAAAUAAAGACUUAGAGUUUCAGCUCCAUGAGCCUUUUCUUCUUUACAGAAAUGCAAGCUUGUCAAUUUACAGUAUCUGGUUUUAUGACAAGAAUGACUGUCAUCGAAUAGCAAAACUCAUGGCUAAAGUGGUAGAACAAGAAGCUCAGAGAUCACAGCAAGUUUCCCAGGACAGAAAAAGUCCCAGCAGAACAAAUGGCUGCAGUGAAAACAGGCCUAUUGACAUCCUGGAAAUGCUUAGUAAAGCCAAGGAUGAAUAUGAACGAAAUCAGAUCAGUGACUUAAGUAUUAUAUCAAGUUCUGGAAUGCAACAAAAUGCAAAUCUCCUGAAGUCAGAAAGCACAGAGAUUUCAGAGCAAAAACCUUUGAUACAAGUGCAAGAUCAGACAUUUCAGUUGAGGCCAAAGCAUCUGACUUUGGAAGAACUGUUUGGAACCUCUGUCCCAAAGGAACAGCCUGCACCUCCGUAUCCCAAUGCAGAGAAAAGGGAGAAGUUGCAGACUGACACCUCUGCCAGAGAGCAGCAAAACUUGCUCUUGCCUUUUUCCUUUGACCAGUCAACAGUAACACAGCAACCACUAGGGAAAUCAGAAAGUCCAAACAUUAAAACCAGUGCCAACCCUUUGAAUCAGCAGGAAUGUUUAACACCUAUGCUAAUACCUCCAGCUUCAGUUUCCCAGCCUGAUGUAAAAAGCAUUUCAAGCUAUUCAGUUCAUUUAAGCCCUAUUCUUAAUUCAGCCUCAACAAUGGAAGCUGCCCCUGCUCAGAGGCUUCCUGGCCUAAAACAAAACAGCAGUUUAAUCCAAGUCAUGCAGCAAGCUGCCAAGCAGAUAUCCCCACUAGUGAAUCAGCCACCAUCCGAAGUGAACCACGCUCCACAAAAUUUAAUGGCUGGCCAAAGCCAGCUUAUAGCACCCUUGACAUCAGCAAAUACGGGAACUGUCUCAAAUACAUCCCAUACAAGUGUUGAUCUUCUUCAGAAACUCAGGUUGACCCCACAGCAUGACGAAGUGCAGCAGCAGUCUCUCACUAAGACUUCCUUAACGCCAAACAUCUCUGCCACGGUUGGCCAGCUUGCAACACCAGAAAGCUUCAAAGAAUCACACAGUAAACCAGCAACCUUGAACAACAAGAUCAUCCCUUCCCUGCAGGCUGUACAACAAAACAAGGAAUCAGAAGUAUUUCCACAGACGAAGACUUUAUCUAAAACAAGUCAGGUCACACAUCCGCAGUUUGUUACAGCCACAACUACAGUAACUCCUUCAAUACUCUUGUCUCCUAGUGUUUUUCAACAGUCAGCUACAAAAGCUACUGAAGUAGAAAAUAAAGCCAUUUCUUCUUCACCCUUAACACUUGGAACAACAGAAAUUCAGACUGUACCUCCUACUGUUCUCAGUAGGUCCCAGCUUCAAGAAGCACUGAUACAUCUAAUAAAGAAUGAUUCCCGUUUUCUCAGCACUAUUCAUGAAGUCUACUUGCAAGUCCUAACCAAGAAUACAGACAACAUUAAGCUAUAAUCGAAGCUAAAUCUACUUAGAUUAUUACCACUUUAGAAACAAUUACGCCUCUAUAAAACUAAUAUUUUUUUAAAAGAAUAUUUAGUUUUCAAUGUCUUGAAUUUGAACCUGUUAGGAAAGACUAUUCCUUAAAUAAUUACGAAAGUAAUGUUCUCAGAAGCGAUCUAGGUUUUCACUGUGAUCAUCACCAGCAAAGCUUUGUUUUUAUUGGGGAGGGGAGUUAAUUUGCAUAUGAGCUUUCAUUCGCAUUAAUGGAACAAGCAGGUGUUUGCUCUGGCUUUCAUUCCUAGCUGUAUUCAGUUUUCAAGGAUUGCAGACCCAUACUCUUUAAACUAGCAAAUACAUAAUACAGUACACUACACCGCACCAGACAAAACUUGGUUGUGGGAACCUAGUUUCAGUUUUAAGCUGAGAGCAAAAUGCCACGUGGUUAGGUUGGCAGUUGUGGGGAGGAGAGGGAUCUGGAUGCCAGGCCUUCAGAGCUAAAUCUUUAGCAAAAUGUUGAAAAAUGUGAUUUGCUCAAUACAUUAACAGUCUCUAGCUAACACGCAUCGAUUUAUCUUUUAUAUAUUCCAUUAAUUGUAUUGCUUCUCUAUCCCUGACAUUAAACAGGUAUCCAAGUGAGUAAGGCCAUCUUCUUUAAAAAGGUGGAAUUUGAGAUAUGCGAACUUCAGUGAUUGUAUCAUUUUUUAAGCAAUGGAAUAGUUCUGUUGUAUGUUGAAAGUUAUUUUGGUUUAAGUGUGUAGUUAAGAAACCACCACUGAAAGACCAUUUUCCAGUUGAGUAGUGUUUGAAAUACUUGGUUUCCCUUUUAGCUUAAGGAUGGACCGUAUCUUAGUUGGCUUUCAAUUCUCAGUUGUGUUGGAACUGCAGUGUUGAAAACUAUGCAGAUGGGGAACAAAUGCAUGCUUUUCUCUUGCCCUUUCCCCAGAUUGUUCAUGCAUACUUCAUAGUCUGAAGUUUAUGUAGUUAACCUGUUAGUGCUUCUUAUGUGAUUUCAUAAUUCAGUAAUGUAAGAGUUGAACCUCUUUCCCAUUUGAAGUCAGAAAAAUUUCGAAUUAUAUUUUCUUAUGCUGCUGUAUUGGUUAGCCCAUGGCUUGUAUUUAUUUCUUGAAGUCACACAAAGGUAGUUAAUAAGACUUCAGGUCUCAACUUUUUCCAGCAAUAGUAGUUCUAAAGGAUGCUUUUGUAGUAGAAAAGUUUUGGUUUAUUGAGUAGAAAGAUGAUCUGUAUUGAGUUAUGAUGCACUGCUUUUUUCCCCCUCCCCCAAGCACUGUUGAAAUUGAAGAAAAUUGUUUGGCUCCUUACAAAAAAAAAAAAUAUGUAUGUAUGUGUAUCCUAAGGAUUAGUACAUGUUGACAUAGUCAAGGCCAUUUCAUUGGAAACUAAUUGAGCUUUAAUUGUGACUUUUCACAAACUGGUAUGUUUUAGAUAAAACAAAUAUUUACAUUUUAUGUAUUUGAUCUAUUUUAUUUUUUCACAGUUUUUUAGUGGAAAAAAAUAUCUUUUUAGCACUACCUGCCUUCUGAAGAGCUCUUCUCAGCCUUUGAGUUCAAUGUUUCUGUUUAAAAUAUAUAGUAUUUUGCUAAAGAAAAAAAAGGUGGGGGGGGAAGAUUCAGGGAAUGAUGCUAAUGUCAUGCACAUUCAUGAAGAACUGUAUUGGCUUUAAUGGUAGCAUUUGAAUUCAGCAAUAUAGACACUGAGCCUUGUUAAGGAAAAUGGGAGCUUCCUACUCAAAUUCUAGAGUUAUGAUACUGUAUAUGUGCAUAAACAAGACUCAAAUUAGGUCUAAGGUCUCAAUUUAUUGUUUAGAAAAACUAAAAGGAACAAACCAAUGAGCAGUUCCCAUGAACAAAAAUGUAUAACCUAAACCAAAUACGGAGUUGCUUUUGCAAAGAUGAAGUUCAUAACUCCCGUUUUUUUUAUGUACAACUUCCAGCUACUUUGGAGGAAGAUUUGAUGAGUUUCUAAGAACAGAGAUGCUGGAAGCUAAUGAUGAAUAUUUGUACUGGUUGCUAAAUACAGUCGUAUCCAAAGAUCUAUAGAAAUGGUGGAAGGAGUUGUAUUUUGAGUUCUAAGUUUUGUACAGUUGACAAAAGUAAUACUGUUUCAAGCAGCAAUGCUGCUAUGAGAGUUUGACUCUUGACACAUGAAUAUCCUUCAUUUGUUUUUAUUUAAUAUAUUAGUAGCAAUAUGUUACUGGUUUACUUUGUUUCCCCCAGCUUUUAAAAUUAAUUAGAAAGGAAACAGUGAAAUCAUUUGUACUACAAGCAGACUUGUUCAUCUUGAACAGAUCUGGUCUGGCCUGGCCUCUGUAUGUAUGGCCAGCAGACAGUGGAACAAACGUAGGUGUCCUCCAAUACACCGCAGAGUUUGUGAUUUGUGAGUGCCAGAGUAGCAGAUUUAACAGUUAAAUCUCUUUAAAGAUAAGUUGUAAUACACAAGCUAUAGUGUAAAACUUGAAUUUUUUAAUGUAGACUGUGUUAUUUAAAAAUUUUUAUUUCCUGAUUUUUUUAAACUUUUUGCAUAAACCUAAAACUACCAGCUUGUUGAUGUGCUUGAUUCAUGUUAGCAGCAUGUAGCUAUAACUAGGGUGUAGCAAGUUACCACGGAUCAUCACAGCAAAAUAUUUUGACCAUUUUCAAGUGUGUGGAGUUUUUUGAUAAAACUACUGGGUUAAUGGAUUAUACCUAUUAGUUCUGAGAAUGAAAAAGCUAGUUUAGACUAUACUCCCCAAAUUAAUUGCAUUAUCUAAGCAUGUUUUUCUUUUUUUUGUGGCUAAUGUUAAAGUCAAUUUAAAAACAAAAAAAAUAAAGCCUAAUCAAAGACAGUUUUAAAACCUACAGCUGCUGAAUUAUUCCGGAAAAUCAAAAUUCUCAGUUUUGUUGUUAGACUUUAUCUGCUGUUAUUUAAUAAUGCAAAGUUUAUAUAAAAGGUGCCUAACAUCUGUUAACUUAGAAGCAGUAUAUCUUUCCAAAUUAAACAAGAUUUGCAGAAUGAUUGAAUAAAGUUU